AUGAGCGCCCCAUUCGGUAGGUUGUCCACUCAAAUAUCAAGACAAAUUUCAAGAGAAGAAGAAAAUGUGUCUUCCAGAAGAGCAGCAUGGACCCACCCAGGAACAUCCGCCGACGCAGCCGCUUUUAGGCGGUAAGUACUUUUAUGAAACGUUUUCAGAGAUGUAAUACUCGGUGUUGUCAAAAAAUGUGGAUUCAUGUUCAAUGACCUGUUUCUUUUUUCAAUUCUGCAGAAAAUAUCCUUUAAAUCGGCGGUGGCCGAGGUUUCACAUGUCUUCAAAAACUAGUCCCCCGUCACUGUAGCCUUGUUUUUCCACGGCCUCCGGCACGAGAAAAGCGCAAGCAAUUACGCGUGCUCUCUGCGUCGCCGGCAGCAUUCUCCUUGUCUCGCACUCUCUCGCUUGCCUACUGUCGCUCGAGAAGCGAAAUGAGAGUUGGCGUGGCGCUCGGAACGCCGCCGGACGAAUACUGAUUUACCUUUCCGUUUUUCUUCAUGAACGUGUUUAUCAUGAGCAAAACUUGCAAAGAGCAACAAAAAAUUCUCAAAAAAAUGCCGGCGUCAGUACGAAAUUUGCAUUUUUCGUGUUGCGGUUGAUUAUGCGUGCUACAAGUGAGAAUCAAAAUCAUCUUCCGUUAUUUCGUGAUGAAAACGUUGCCCAAGGGUUUUUCAUGACCACAUCAUCAAAAAUUUAACGAAAUUAAUCGUGUAAGCCACUUUGGGAGCACCGAUUUCACACUUCGGUGGCCAACGAAGUUUCAUCGGAGACUUCAGAUGCGUGCUCUCGGAAGAGUACUGAUUCAUUUUUCCCGCUUUCUACGGGAAUAUGUUGAAUAUGAUCAGUACUUCGAAGCAGCAACAAAAAACUUGAAAAAAUAUUCUGGAGUGUCCACGGAGACGGCUUCUAAAAGUGCUACAGUUUUCUGCUGACUUCAGAUGCGUGCUCUCGGAAGAGUACUUAUUCAUUUUUCCCGCUUUCUACGGGAAUAUGUUGAAUAUGAUCAGUACUUCAAAGCAGCAACAAAAAACUUGAAAAAAUAUUCUGGAGUGUCCACGGAGACGGCUUCUAAAAGUGCUACAGUUUUCUGCUGACUUCAGAUGCGUGCUCUCGGAAGAGUACUGAUUCAUUUUUCCCGCUUUCUACGGGAAUAUGUUGAAUAUGAUCAGUACUUCAAAGCAGCAACAAAAAACUUGAAAAAAUAUUCUGGAGUGUCCACGGAGACGGCUUCUGAAAGAGCUACAGUUUUCUGCUGACUUCAGAAGCGUGCUGUUGGAGGAGGGAAAACUUUUUUUGACGGAUUUCAGCUGUAAACUGUUGUUUACACUUCAUCGAAACAAAGAGCAAUGAAUAAUCGCAAGUUUUUCUUAUUCUCCAGCUGUGAAUUCCGAAGAUGUGAGCACGACGUAUUCUGGUGGACAAGUUAGUCAGAAUCCACCAGUUUCUCACAUUUUUUGAUAGGAAAUGUUCACAUAUGGGUAAAACUUCAAAUUAAACAAUAGUCGAGUGAGAAUGAAUGUUGCCGCCGUUGGUGAGUCCGUGAGAGUCGGAUCUGUCGUAAUCUUGGCUCAAGUCGGCGUGCUUCAAACCGCCAUAUCUCUCUUCAAACUCAUCCAAUCUACUCGUUCGAAGUCGCAAAAAGAAAGCUCAUGAAAUUUAGAAACUUUUUGUGUGUGAAUUUGUAAAAAGUGGUUUCUUGCUCACGUUAUCCUGGAAAAAAACCUCAAAAAAAGGCCACUUUUUUUCCACUGAAAACUUCAAAGUGAUGCAUCUGCCUUCAAACUGCAUCAAUUUACUUGAUUAAAAAAGCAAAACGUAGGCCUCACUAAUGUCUACAACUUGCCAGAAUCAGAUUUUUUUGAAAAAAAUUUUUCCUGAUUUUUUUAAUGUGACUGCAAAGUUUUUCUCUUCGUGGUUUGUUACAUCCCAUUCAUUCGAAUCACAUCUAUAUUUGAUAUUUUUUUGUGUUCAAUACUUGAAUAUAAUUGUGUAUUAACGAAAAGUGACGAAACAGUCGAGAAAAAUUUUUCUUGUACCCGCUCCUAGACAUGUCUUAUACUCAAAUUUUUGGUAAAACUGGCUCUUUUUCAACACACAAGAACUUUUUUUGAUUGGCUAAUAAAAAAGAUUCCUAAUUUUUUUGUCUUAGUCUGUUCAGAUUUUUUUCGAGAUUUUUAUUUUUUUGUGGUAACCAUGCCGCCGACAACUUUUUUUCGUGUUGAACAAGAAAUUUUUUGAUGGAUAAUGCAAGCGCGCUCUACGGUCAUGCGUUAGAGAUGAGAGACGGCUGAGUAUGCGCGUUUCGCGAUCCGGCUGGCACAUUUCUCGUGCCGGAGGCCGUGUUUCUGCUUUUCCGUUUUGUUUUGCUCGUUAAAAGCACUUUUCUAUCGAUUUUCAGCCCGGACGACAAAAAACAGGAAAAACAAUUCGUUUCUUUCUUUACGUUUUUUUCUUUUCUUUUGCUAACAAGAAAUUGAGGAAAAUUAAAGCGACGAGAGCUGUCAGAAGACUUUACAGAAGACAUACCAAUCCUUCUAGAAUGUAUUUAAUCGGAUCAAAAAUGAAUAAGUGUGCCGUCAUUUUCCUUGAGAUUUAGUUAGCUUGUGCUCUUCAGCUCUCCGUCUCUCAUCUCUGUACUCUGCGUGAGAAGUGUUCUCUCGGGCCGUGUUUCAAUUUUACAGACAAUCAAUUUUUUUCUACUUAAGGAAUUCCUCGUCCUCGUCUAUAGAAGGCUUUAAUCAUUCUCAUCAGGAUUUCUUUUUUUUGUGAAGUCGUGACUCAUCCUUUUGCUUUCUUCCUUGUCGCCUCAACAAAAGAAAACAGAGAAGAAACAGAAACACUAUAAAAGUGUUCUCCUCUCGCAUCUUUUCUCUUCCGCCCUUCGGUCGCUUGCCCGGUGCCUCGUGGCCCCAACAAGAAUCGAUUCUCUUCUAACCUCCGAUAGAACGUUGGAAUGCACGGAUACGCAGACAGUGAGGGCUUUGGUCAACUCUCUGCGUCUCGCCACUGUUCUCAAAUCUCCCGCCGCCCGCUCUGCCUUCUCCUCAUUGAAGACGUGCCAUUUCGCCUGAUGUCGGUUGCGAAAUUCUUGCCACUUCUCUUCAUUUUUCUCUACUUUGUUAUUGCAUAGAUUUGACCAGAAGGCGAAGCCAUUUGAUGGGGAAGUGUUCGUUUCAUAGCGCGGCGUUCCGUUCUCAUUUUCUUUCCCUGUUUGUCUAUCGGGAGUGCGCGCGUUUAUUGUUUAGACUUUUGAACUGCAGUCUGCAGAACAUUAAUUUUAGCUGAUUUAAGACUGUACAUCAGCGUUUCUAAUAAAACAUCAAUAUUCAUAACAUUUUUCGCUUCUGACUCGUUUUGCUCGGAAAUCCCUUUCUGUGCUAGCCAAAAUGACAAAUUCACUUUGUGAUCAUUCGCCGGUCAAUCCGUAGUCGCUAAACCGCUCGCGCUUCUCUCCAACUCGAAAGACAAAAAAAAACAGACAAUAAUAUCCUCUAUCUAUAAUCCCGUAUGAUCUUCCUAGUAAACGAUGGGCUUUAGGCGUUUGACGCCAUAGAGAGCACGGAGAACAUUCUCGAAGAGGCCAGGCCACAAAAACACCUUCUUUCGGUUGUCAUGACGACUCUCAGACAUAUCGGGUUAGCGGAAAACAACCAGAACGUGUAGUUCGUGACAUUCGUAAUUGCAUUCUACUGGCACUUUUCAUCCUAUUCAAUCAGUGUCUAGACUUCACAUUUCUAGUUUUUUUCGUAUAAUCGUUUUGUUUCUCACUAAUAAUGUCUAAAAACUUCGAGACAUUCAGGUAUGUCCUACAACCAGCAGCAGCCGUACAACCCGGCCUACCAGAAUCCGUAUCCGAAUCAACAGCAACAGUAUCAGGGACAAGGACCACCGCCGCCCGGUUUCAAUGUGGGAGGUGGACAGAAUCAGAGUCAAGGUGAGGAUGAUUUUUCUAAUGCGAAGCGUUCCUAUCUCUACAAUUUAAGGUUACUUCCCGCCACCACCGCCUCCAAUGCACGGAGGAAUGUUCAAUCAGGCGAACCUCAUGGAAAAUGGACAGAACGGCCAGCAGAACGGCGACGAAAAGUACUCUUUCCAGUUCUCGGAUAAAACGAUCCGUGCGGCUUUCGUUCGCAAAGUUUUCAGCUUGGUCUUCAUUAUGGUAAGUGGUAUCCAGAAGAUAUAAAUUCAAUUAAAAAUUGGUUUUCAGCUGUCCAUAGUCGGCGGAGUCACCCUUUUUCCGUGGCUUCACGCGCCAACGAUGCGAAUGGUCCGUCACAACACUGGAAUAUAUCUGGGAUCCUAGUAAGCGUUCAAUGCCAAACCUUCAUCCGAACAAACACAUUUUUCAGCGUUGUCUUCCUUGUCACCUAUCUCUCGCUGUCGUGCUGUGAAGGACCGCGUCGCAAGUUCCCGAUCAAUCUGAUUGUCACUGCAAUCUUUGUAAGCUAACACCUUUCCAACCGUUGUAGUAGAUGAAAUGAAUACUUUUUCAGACGUUUGCCACUGCCACAAUGACAAUGGUGAUCUCGGCUCACCACGACGCCAACGUCGUCCUUCUCGCGCUCGCCAUCUGCAUCGGAUGCACCCUCGCCAUCGUCGUUUUUGCAUCUCAGACCAAAUUCGACUUGACAGCGUCAGUAUCCGCAUCCCGGUUAUCAUAUAUUGCCAAAUUUUCAGUCAUAUGGGAUACGUUAUGAUCGCCUCGGUUUGCUUCAUGAUGUUCGGACUGGUGGCAAUAAUUUCGGCGUACUUUUUCAAAAUCAAAUUCAUGAUUAUGUUGUACGCACUCGGCGGAUCUCUCAUCAUGAUGAUGUACCUCUUCCUCGACGUCCAAAUGAUGAUGGGAGGCCGAAAGUACGAGAUUUCGCCGGAGGACUACAUCUACGCCGCCGUCCAGAUCUUCAUAGACAUUGUCCAACUGUUCUGGUACCUGUUGACCCUGUUCGGAUCGAGGUAAGAAUUGGAAUGAAGUGGUUGAUGAGGUGGAUUGUUGGAAUCAUUUCCAGAGACUGAAUUCAAUUUCCUGUUAAUGUGUUUGGUAAGAAUGCUCUUGUGCUUGUGAGGCAUGCUUUUUUCUGUUUCAACUUGAUUUUCGACAAUUCUAAAGACGGUUUUUCAGCGACUGA